UCUUUUAACAUUCUCCAUGGAAACCACUCCCACUCUCCAUCUCUCUCUCCCCAACUGUUUCUACUAUCUCUAACCAACUUUUCAUUCCAAAACUUGCAUUUCAAUUCCCAAUACCCAUAAAUUGCUCAUUCCUUUGCUCUGCUCUUCCAUUCACACAGUUGGGGUAUUCUUCUUUCAUCACUUGCUCUCAUCAUUAAGUCCUUUUUUUCUGAAGAAAAAAAAAUAAUGGAGUCUGGAAAUGGUGUUGUGGCUGAAGAGGAAAGGAAUGGUGUGAUUGAGGAAGAUAAUGGGGGAGUUAAGAAAGAGGAGAUUGUGGGUGAGAAUGAGGAAAAGGUGGAUGAAAUGCCUAAUAAUUCAUCUUCACUUGAAUGUAAACCUUCAACCCAUAGUAAAUCAUCUGGGAAAGUUACUCCAAAGACUCAUGGAGUGGCCAAGAAUCAGGCUAGGACAAAGAGGGCUAGCCUGACUCAUAGUGCCUCUUUCCCCGCGAAAAGCGUUAAUUCGGGUGUGAAGAGUGUUCAUGCCAGUAAAAAUGGCAGAAGAACAUCUUUAACACCUCCCCAGAAUCAGUCUGACAAGUCCCUUUCUGCUAAUGGAACUGAGGGAUUGGAAGGAACAACUGAUGAAAACUUCAAACCUAUUACAAAUGUUCUCCUUAUUAAGGAGGAAGAGGAUGCUCAUUCCACAACUUCAUCCAAUGCCACUCCUCAAGGGCAGCGGAGGAUUAGUGGUGGUUUUGGAUUUUCCUUCAGAUUGGAACAGCGUGCUGAGAAAAGGAAAGAGUUCUUCUCAAAGCUAGAGGAGAAGAUUCAAGCUAGGGAAGUCGAAAAGAACAACUUGCAAGCGAAAUCCAAAGAAAGCCAAGAAGCUGAGAUAAAGAAGCUAAGAAAGACAUUGACUUUUAAAGCUACACCUAUGCCAAGCUUCUACAAGGAACCUCCUCCAAAAGUUGAACUCAAGAAGAUACCGAUAACUCGUGCUAUAUCUCCCAAACUCGGGAGGAACAAAACCUCUGCAUCAAUAGCAGCCAGUUCUGAGAGUGCAGAAUCUUGUCUUAGCCCCAAGGUUGUUAAAGAACAAGGAAAGUCUCCCCGGGCGUUGCCAGCAAACCGAAAAAAGACUAGCCCCGCCCCCGCCUCAAAAGCGACAACGAAAAGUCCCUCUCAGCAAUCAUCAGAGACCAAAACUGAAGAGAACAACGCGAUGCCUGUAGAGACAAAGCCCAAAGCAGAGGAAACAGAUGAGAAAAGUUGUGCAGAAACUGAAACCAAGAAUCAAACUGAAGAGCAUUGGGGUGAAGAGGAGGUGCAAUGUGUUUCCACUUCAAAUACAGUGGUGAUGCCAGCUCAAGUCUCGGUUGAAGGUUAAAGAAGAGGAGUUAAAAGUUCCCACAUUUUCCACUGUACUUAUAUAUAAUAUAUAUAUAUUAUCUAUAGGUUUUUGAAAAGGUUAAUAUUUUCCACUUAGUUGGGAAUAUCAAAUAUGGUGUCUGUGCUUUCCUCCACCUUGAAUGACUCACAAGUUGUUCUUCUGCUAUAUAUAAUAUAUUGUCAUUCUUUUGGGAAAAGAAAUAAAGACUCGCGGCAUAAACUGUGUGAUUUUACAA